AUGCCCUCAUCCAAGAUCAAUUGCCUAUUUGGCAUCCAUAUCUUCGUUCGCUUGGCACAAUGUACAAGUUCCCCAAUCCCUACUGCUACCGAUACCUAUUCAACCAAAGUCUACGAUAUCUCUGCUGCGACGACAACAUUGAACUACCAGUACAGCAAUGAGGAAUUGGCAAUGCUAUGGAACCAGGUGGGAUCAAUUGCAGUAGGACCGAUCACAGCGACGGUGGAGCCAACACCAGAACCAUCAUCGUAUGCUCGCCCAGGAAUCUUCCACCCUUUAGUGCCAACCUAUGAUACUUCCCUCGAUAACCAAACCCUACCCGAUGAUUUCGUAUGGGGUUUAGCAGCGAGCGCAUAUCAGACAGAAGGAGCUGCGAAAGAUGAAGGCAAAGGUCCUUCGAUUUGGGAUUUGCUCGCGCAUCGAGGUAAUGUUGUCUCAGACGAUUCGACUGGUGACAUCGUAGCUAGUCAUUAUUGGCUAUACAAGCAAGACUUUGCUCGUCUUGCUAAGCUAGGGAUUCCAUACUUCUCUCCGUCAUUUUCGUGGCCAAGAUUUUUCCCAUUCGGCAACGGACCUGUCAAUCAGCAGGGUGUCGAGCAUUAUGAUGAUGUUAUUGCUAGCAUGGUCGCUAAUGGAAUUAAACCUGUCGUCACCUUGUUUCAUUGGGACACACCGCUCGCACUAUUCAACUCCUAUGGAGCCUGGACCGAUGAGCGAAUUGUGGAUGACUACUUCAAUUAUGCCAAGUUUGUUAUCAGCAGAUAUGACAAAUAUGUACCAAUUUGGUAUACAUUCAACGAGCCUCAAUACUGCAACUGGCAAUACUCCCUUUAUCACGCCGGUACCACCGAAGGGAUGUACCCCGCCUAUCACAACAUCACUGGUGGCCUACCAGCUCGUAUCGCCUGUUCCCAUUAUACCAUCCUCGCUCACGCGAAAGUAGCAAAGUGGUACCACGAAGAAUUUCACGGCGCCGGCCGCAUCAGUUUCAAAAACUCCGGCAACUACUUUGCACCCGUAAGUAACUCCUCAGCAGAUGUCGACGCUGUGGCACGCAAUUAUGAAUUCGUUCUCGGUUGGUUCCAGGGCUGUUGGCGCGACGGUGAUUACUCUCCCAUGUUGAAAGAAACAUUGGGAUCUUUACUCCCAGAAUUUACCCAGGAAGAAAAAGACUUGAUCAAGGGAAGUUGCGACUUCUUCGCCAUCGACGGCUACACCGGCUACUACGCUACCCCUAUUGCCGGGGGUUCCGCAGCCUGCGCGUCCAAUUCCUCGCAUCCCGCAUAUCCCGAAUGCGCAAGCUCCACAUCUCUAGCUGCGGAUGGCUUCCCGCUAGGACCAGCUGGUGAUGAGGGAGUAAACUGGUUAGCUAGUACACCUUAUGGAAUCCGCGAAUUCCUCAAUGUUAUCACGAAACAGUUGUUCCCAACAGUGGGAGAUAUCGUAGUGAGCGAAUUUGGAUUCGCGGAGCCAUUUGAAGGGGAGAUGAGUACUCUCGGCGAGGUCCUAUGGGAUUUGAGACGAGCAGAUUAUUACAGGGGAUUUUUGGACAAUAUCCUCAAGGCGAAAGUUGUAGAUGGUGUGAAUGUCACCGGAGCAUUCGGAUGGGCCAUCUUCGAUAAUUUCGAGUGGUUCGUCGGAAGCAAGGUGAAGUUUGGUCUGCAGUAUUUAAACCAGACUUCCCUGGAACGUAUACCUAAGGCUAGCAUGUUCCAAUUUAUAGAUUGGUUUAAACAACAUGGGGGUUCUAAGUUGGGGGCGGCCACUUCGGGAAAUGUUACUAAGAAGAACUUUGUUUAG